AUGAAUUUCAAUCCCUACUCGUUGCCGACCACUGCAACCAAAACUGCUGUCUCGACUUCCUCUCUCCAAGCAUUACUCGGAGGUCAACCAACAACAACCCCUGUGAACAACAACAACACAACCUCUUCUACUAGUAGUCCUUCCACUACAACAUCAACAACAACAACGAACACGACACAAGUUUCCACUCCAACAAAAUCGUCAACAAUAACAACAAAUUCUUCAACUAGCAAUACACCAUCAUCAUCAACAACAACAACAUUUAAACGAUCUCCUCAUCCUCUUCCUCAACGUCCUUCUGUCAUUGAUACUUCUACUUCGAGACCAGUGUCAUCCAAUCCAUUCCUAGCAGCCGAUUCAGAAAAGAAGGCAGCAUCGUUGACACCUCCAAUCAAAUCAUCGGUGAUGUUGAAUACUUCUCCUCGAUCCAUAAACUCAUCAUCAACUACUAGAGUUGAAGAAAUGAAAUCUGAAUGUAAUAACAACAACAACAACAAAUCAAACAAUUCUACUACAACUAGUAUGGAUAGCAAUUCAUCUGCUACUACAAUAACAACAACAACUACGAAUGCAACUACUACAAAUACCACAACUAGUACAAGUAAUGGAUCGACUCCUCCUAGUGAAUCUACUACGGAUGAAAAGAACAAGAUCAAUGAAUUUACAAAAAUCAGUUUGUCAUCUUUGGAAGAGAAAUCUGAAGGUACCAGUGUGGUUGACCAUGAUGACAACUCUACCAAAGAACCACCCAACCACACGAGUGUUGUUGUUCAAAACUCAAAUAUUCCAACUGCGGAUCAAACUCAUCAAAACCAAACCUCCAACAGUCAAACGUCAUCAAUUUCGGUAAUUUCACAACCGACAUCACCCAAGCAACAGGUUCUCUCACAAGAAAAGAUUACCACCAUGACAUCAACAACAACAAGCAGUACGACUUCAUCAACCUCCUCUUCUCCUUCUCUAUCCAAUGACAAACAAGAAAAACGAAGAGGUCGACGAUCAUUUUCUCCAGUGAUGAAUGUGUCAACAACAACGAAUGCGGAUCCGCACAGUGAUGAUGAUGCAAGUGAUGAAGAUCAACAACAACGAAAUGAAAAUGAUCAAGUGAAUCCAAUAUUAACUAUCGAAGUGUCAGUCGUAAAACCAAACAAAGAUUCCUGGAGAAUGAUUUCAAAUUCUUCAAUUUUAUGUUUAUAUUCACAACAACAAGAAAAGAACAAGGAUACUUUGGUCAUUCCAACUGAAUUGGCUCUCUGGAAAGAGUCACGAAAGAGAAGAGGUUUUGAUUUGUAUUUGUUUUUAAAGUUGAAUGAAAAUGUUCAAUUUCAAGUAUUGAAAGCCAUUUCAGAGGUAAACAACAACAACAAUAACCAAACGACCACCAAUCAUCCAUCAGAUCCAAAUAAUAACAAUUAUUUGGUCAUUAAAUAUGUGGACAAGAGAACGGAGAGAAUUCAAUUCAUUGGAUUGGUCUUUCAAUCUCCAUUGGAGUUACAAACAACAUUCCAUUUAUUGCAGAGAUGUAUUGUGGCCAUUCCCAUGAACUUGACUUCAACAACAAGCAAUGAAAAGAGUCACAAGAUGAAUGAAGAUGACCAUGAUAUAAAUGCAGCUGUUGCGACCAAGGUAGUAUCUGCAGUCGAGACAAAAAUUGAUGUUUUUAAAACACUAUUGGUCGAUCAAUUGAAUCAACAAAUCUUGUAUCAUACCAAACAAAUGUGUUAUCAUGAGAAACAGAAGGAGGAAUUGAUUAAGCAAUUACAAAAAUUGGAAACACCUUAA